UUCAAAAAUGGAGCGUAAAAUAAACAGAAGAGAAAAAGAAAAGGAGUAUGAAGGGAAACACAACAGCCUGGAAGAUGCUGACCAGGGAAAGAACUGCAAAUCCACCCUGAUGACCCUCAACGUUGGUGGAUACCUAUACAUUACUCAGAAACAAACACUGACCAAGUACCCAGACACUUUCCUUGAAGGUAUAGUAAAUGGAAAAAUCCUCUGCCCAUUUGAUGCCGAUGGUCAUUAUUUCAUAGACAGGGAUGGGCUCCUCUUCAGGCAUGUUCUAAACUUCCUACGAAACGGAGAACUUCUACUGCCAGAAGGGUUUCGAGAAAAUCAACUUCUCGCACAAGAAGCAGAAUUCUUUCAGCUCAAGGGACUGGCGGAGGAAGUGAAGUCCAGGUGGGAAAAAGAACAGCUAACACCCAGGGAGACUACUUUCCUGGAAAUAACAGAUAACCAUGAUCGCUCACAAGGACUGAGAAUCUUCUGUAAUGCUCCUGAUUUCAUAUCAAAAAUAAAAUCUCGCAUUGUUCUGGUGUCCAAAAGCAGGCUGGAUGGCUUUCCAGAGGAGUUUUCAAUAUCGGCAAACAUCAUUCAAUUUAAAUACUUCAUAAAGUCUGAAAAUGGCACUCGACUUGUACUGAAGGAAGACAACACCUUUGUCUGCACCUUGGAAACUCUUAAGUUCGAGGCCAUAAUGAUGGCCUUAAAGUGUGGUUUUAGACUGCUGACCAGCCUGGAUUGCUCCAAAGGGUCGAUUGUUCACAGCGAUGCACUUCAUUUUAUCAAGUAAUUACCUGUGUCACGAACAAAGGCAACAAGCAUGCAGCCAGCAAGCUUCGGAAAACCACAGCAUCAAAGGCAUCCCAAAUAACGUGCCCAGCUAGCUCUGUACUCAGAGACCUGCUGCUAAUCAAUUACUGUGAGCUAACGGUAUGUAAAUUCUAUCGCUAAAGAUGUCCUUCUCUAGGGUGUUCCUGCCGAUCAGACUCGUACACUUAAAGUGAAAACAGUGAUCUUCUACAUAUUGUAAAUAAAGACUGAAUGCUUUUGCUAUUUGUUUAUUUUUCCUUAAGCUGUCUUUCAAUCAGAAUGUCUUAAGUAUUUGCACAAUGAACAAGCAUGUACAUUAUCUAUCGUUCUUUCAAGUAAAUGGUAAUAAAAUAUUUUAAGGGACUGUAAGAUUUUAAAUCCUUGCUACUUAUGGCAAAAAUCUACAAAGAAAACUGAACUGGUAAAAUUAACCAUUGAGACCAAGACAGAUAUGCAGAUCUACUAAAACAGAGCUGUGGUGAAACAAAAUGAGGUUGUAAGAAUUAAAGUUAUGGAUUUAAUUUUUAA